ACUUUUGAACAUCGGUGUGCUCUAAAACAAAACAAGGCACUCUGUCAGCUCUGCCAUUAUGCUCUGACAUGCUCCCGUCUCUAAGAUCCUACCAUGCAGCUAGCUCUGAGCUGUACCAAUCUACUCCUUCUAGUCCAUCUGCCAUUCUGUCUGUGUAAGGUGAUCCAGGGCACUGUCAGCUCACUAGAAGCAUGGGAGCAAAGUGGACAAUUUGUUACCAAGUUCUGUUUUCAUGAUAAAAAAGCACUGUUCAGAUACUCUACCAAUGCAACAAGUGCAGGCAGCUGGUACUUUAUCCUGGACGAAUCCUGGCCAUUCUAUCUGGCAGAGCAGGAUUGUCACAAGAGACUAGCCAUGUCCAAGUUUGAAGUGAAGGUGAGCAAGACUGAGGAACAGCAGGUUGUCAACCAGUGGAUGAGACCACACUUCUGGUUCCUGGUAUACGGGGAGCCCUCCACCUGCAACACGACCACACCCACCAGCAAUGCCGUACUGGAGUACCGUAUGGAGUUCCUAAAUCCUGACUCUUCGGGAGUAGCAAACGAUCACUUUGGAGAUGAUUACAGAGGCCUCCUGCCAUUCUAUGCUGUACUGGUCCUAGCGUACAUUGCUGGGAUUGGCCUGUAUGCUCAUCGAGUAUGGCUCACCAUCAGCAAGGGAGGUCCCAUGCACGAGGUGUUGAAUAUGUUGUCUGUUGCCAUGGCUCUGCACAUGCUGGCUGCUAUUCUAAUGCUCAUACACCUCUGGAGGUACUCAGUAAAUGGAAGGGGCAUACCCUUAUUUGAAACACUCUCUGAAGCCUCUGAGAUGCUGUCCCAGUGUACAAUGGUGUGGCUAUUGCUGAGUCUCUCUGUCGGCUGGACAAUGGGCUCCAACACUACCAGUCCUCUCAAAGACACCAAGCAACUCAGCUUAAUCACGGCCAUUGCCCUCACACACGUCAUACUGGUCCUCUGGGAGCAGACUUAUGAUGAGAGUCACUAUACAUUUCACAUCCACGAGAGCCUGCCUGGGUUUCUCCUGGUGAUGCUCAGAUUUGGCCUCGUGGGUUUGCUCACUUACAACCUACAGAGAACUCUGGCCAAUGAGAGGAGUGUGCUCAGGCGAGAGUUCUAUAGUGGAUUUGCAAUAGGUUGCUACUUGUGGUUCCUUGCAUUCCCAAUGCUCAUGCUACUGGCUGUACCGUUUGCUUCUUACCUCAGACACAAGGUUGUGACAGUGGGUGUUACUCUAAUCCAAGCGGUAUCGAUGGGUUUGCUGAGUCGACUGUUUCUGUCUCGCAGUCUCUACUGGGAGGUAUCCACCCUCUCCUCAUCCACACUACCACUACGCCGAGACAUGGGUGGAGGGCCUGGCUUUCUCACUAGACUCAGCUAGCAUUUAGGAGACAUUAUUGUGACUAUUUCAUGAUGUGUGUAUAAUUAUGCUAAAACCUCUUUGUUUCUAAUUAUCAAUCAAUGUUAAAAAGCAA